AUAAAAGUUAUUUGAAUAUUAGGAAUAGAGUCGACCAAAGGUAUAGAGAUGGAGUAGACAACUUUCUUAAUUGGGCAUUCAGCCAACCAACAGUGAACACUAUGAUUCGGUGUCCUUGUAAAGGGUAUAUGAAUACCACGUUCAAGCUAAGGGUUGGUGUAAGAGGAGAUUUAUUGAAGAAGGGUUUUUGAGAUUCUUAUAAAGUGUGGGACUUGCAUGGAGAAGUGUUAGUUAGAGUUGAAAAUUCGAAUACUGCAGUUAGUGAUGAAGCAGAAGAUGAUAGCAUUGACGAGGAUAAUAUAACUGAAAUGAUUCAUGAUGCUUGUGGAUAUAUGAAUGUGGAGGAUAAUAAUAAUAAUUCAGAGGACAGUGAAGAGCCAAAUGUACAUGCAACAAAGUUCUACAAAUUGUUAGAAGAUGCUGAGACAAAACUUUAUCCUUGUUGUAAAAAAGUCUCGAAGUUGUCUUUUGUUGUUAAACUACUUCACUUGAAGUGUCUUAACCAUUGGAGCAACAAAUCGAUGAAUGCAUUAUUGAGCUUCUUUAAAGAAGUUCUUCCCGAGGGGUCAUUUGUGCCUAAUUCUUUCUAUGAAGCAAAGAAAGUUCUUUGUGACCUCGGCUUGGGGUACACCAAAAUAGAUGCAUGUCGGAAUGAUUGUAUUUUAUAUUGGCGUGAUUAUGCCGACGUCCAAGCAUGUCCUAAGUGUGGUAAGUCUAGAUGGAAUUCCGAAGAACACGGAGGCACGAAAGUAGCUCAUAAAAUCUUGCGGCAUUUUCCAAUCAAACCAAGGCUUCAAAGAUUGUACAUGGCAAGAGAAACAACUAAAAAGAUGAGGUGGCACAAGGAGGGAAAUGUUGAUGAUGGUGUCUUGCGACAUCCAUUUGACUCAAUAACAUGGAAAUCCUUUGAUGCACGACAUCCCACCUUUUCAGCUGAGUUAAGAAAUGUUCGAUUAGGUUUGGCGAGUGACGGGUUCCAACCUUAUGGGAACAUGAGUUCUAAUCAUAGCAUUUGGCCAGUCGUACUAGCUACGUAUAACUUCCCACCAUGGGAUUGCAUGAAAAAUCCAUAUUUCAUGAUGCUGCUUCUUAUUCCAGGCCCCAAGUGUCCAGGCAAUGAUAUCGAUGUAUAUUUACAACCAAUGAUUGAAGAGUUGAAAGAAUUAUGGGACGGGGUGGAGACUUAUGAUGCACACUCAAAAUCUAAUUUUCUGAUGCGUGUGGCUAUCAUGUGGACGAUCAAUGACUUUCCUGCAUACGAAAACCUUUCAGCAUGGUCAACCAAAGGCAAGCUUGCAUGUCCUUGUUGCCGUAAAGAUACACAAUUGACUUCUUUGUGUAGUAAGUUGUGUUAUAUGGGUCAUCGUCGCUUCCUUCCCAUGGUCCAUCCAUGGCAGAGAAGUAGGACGUUAUUUGAUGGGAAAGUUGAAAUGGGAGUUGCACCUAACCUUUUAACAGGUGAUGAAACACUUGUGCAAUUACAAGCUUUGGGUAAUGUGGGUUUUGGUGAAGGACAAAAGAGAAAGCAUGAUGUUCAUAGCAAUGCUUACAAUUGGAAGAAGAAAAGUAUCUUUUUCCAAUUGCCUUAUUGGAAGAGUCUUACGUUACGACAUAACCUUGAUGUGAUGCAUAUCGAAAAAAAUGUGUCCGAUAAUAUUAUAUCAACUGUCAAGAAUAUGGUUGGAAAGACAAAAGACACAUUGAAAAAUAGAUAUGACUUGAUGGAUCUUGGAAUCAGAUAAAGGUUGCAUCCUACUGAGGAUAGGAAUAAUACUUUGUUACCGGCAGCAUGCUAUGCAUUGUCCGCGAAAGAGAAGCUGAAGGUAUGCAAUCUAUUAACGAAUCUGAAGGUUCCUGAUGCAUUUUCCUCAAACAUUUCAAGGUGUGUCAACAUACAGGAGAAAAAGAUACAUGGUUUGAAAUGUCACGAUCAUCAUGUAUUGUUGCAAGACAUUUUUCCAGUAGCUAUACGUGGUUUGCUACCCAAGGAAGUGUGUGAUCCAAUUAUAGCCUUAGGAAAGUUUUCAAGAGUAUAUACACUAAGUGCUUGACGAUUGAAGAUCUUGAUAUCCUAGAGGCAUAAAUUCUUGUUAUUUUGACCAAACUUCAACUUGUUUUCCCUCCGGCUUUCUUUGAUGUCACGGUUCAUUUGCCAAUUCACUUGCCAAGUGAGGCAAAGCUUGGUGGACCAGCUCAAUAUCGGAAUAUGUAUCCUAUUGAGAGGUAUCUACGAACACUUAAGUCAUAUGUUCGCAACAAAAAUCGUCCAGAAGGUUCAAUUGCAGAAGGUUAUUUGGCAGAGGAAAACCUCACAUUUUGCUCACGAUACUUGAAGAAUAUCUCAGCAAAGUUCAAUAAACCAACUAGGAAUGACGAUGGAUCUGUGUCAAAUGAUGAGAUGUAUAUCUUUAAAAAAAGUGGGCAAACAAAAGGUGCCUCAGAAGGCAGCAGGCUAUCUCAUGAUGAGUUUAAACAAGCAUGUAUGUAUGUGCUUCAAAAUUGUAAAGAGGUUUCGCAUUUCAUGGAAUAUUUGUACUAUCUGCACAAGGACGCGCAAAUGAUGAGCUCAUAAGCUUAGCCGUCGGUCCUGCACCAUUAGUACAUCGAUAUUCAACAUUUGUGGUGAAUGGAUUUAGAUUCCAUACAAAAGAGCUUGCAUUUGAGAAGAAAAAUGCAGAAUAGUGGUAUUCUUGUGAGAGGAGAUGAUUCAGACUCUAAUAAGGAGUAUUAUGUUGUAUUAAAGAACAAUUAUGAGUUAUCUUAUGUGGGAAAUAGAAAAGUUUACUUAUUCAAGUGUCAUUGAUGGGAUGUGGCUCGCUUAGGAAGAGGAUAUAAGAUUGACAAAUAAGGCUUCACAAGUGUGAAUACUUGGUGUGCCUUGAAUACAAAUGAGCCAUUUGUGUUGGCAUCUCAGUCAGAACAAGUCUUUUACUUGGACGACAUGGUCGAUAAUGAUUGGCUUGUUGUUGUGAAGACAAAUCCUCGUGACCUUUUCAAAAUGCCUGAUAAUGAUGAUAAUUGUGUAGAUAUUGAAGAUGAAGAAUUACUGAAUGAAGAUGUUUAUCAGCAAGAGGAAGCCGAAUUUAAUACUUUGUGCACCAAUGACCAAGAAAAUAUUGUUGAGGUGUCUCUACAUAGGGAUAAUGUUGAACCACAAAGUAUUAACUACGAUCAUGCAAGUACGCAAGCUCAAAACAAUGUGCAUAAUGAGGAAGAUGAUUUCAUUAAUGACAAUCAUAUAGAAAUAUCAGAGAGUGAAGAUAGAGAAGAAGAGUUAUUUGAUGAUGAUGAUGGGGAGGACAUUGAUACAUCCUCUUGAAGACUAAGAAGCAAAAAGCGAAUGAUAUAGAUGUUACAUCCUAUUUUGAAAAUUCUCUAUAUUUUCGUCCAUGACUUUAUACUACCCCAUGUAUUUAUUUGGAACUCUCAAUGAACCAAAGAUUAUUGAUGCUUGAAUCUUUAUAUUUCU